AUGUGUUCAUUUUUAUUCUUGGUGGUUUUUCUGGAUCUUCUGACAUCUGCCUGCGGGCAUGGUCGUCUGAUGGAACCACCGUCCAGAUCCUCGAUGUGGAGAGAGGGGUUCAACACUCCCAGAAACGACGACGACAAUGCCUUGUCCUGUGGUGGCUUUUGGAACCAACAUGGCAUUCACGGAGGCAAGUGUGGAAUCUGUGGCGAUCCCUACCAGGGUCCGCGCGAAAACGAGGCUGGUGGCAAGUACGCCACGGGGGUAAUCAGCAGGGUCUACAAACAGGGACAGACAAUCGAUGUCAUCGUCGAGGUUACUGCCAACCAUCUUGGCUGGUUCGAGUUUAAGAUUUGCCCGCAAAAUAACCCCAAAAUGGAGGCUACUCAGGAGUGCCUCGAUAAGCACGUGCUUCGUCUGUCGGACGGGUCGGCAACACGAUAUUACAUCGGGUCUCAGUCAGGGUCCAUCCCGGCCAGGGUUCAACUGCCUCAGGAUAUCACUUGCAGCCACUGCGUGUUGCAGUGGAAAUGGCAUGCAGGUAACUCGUGGGGAGUGGACCCAGAUGGAACCAAGGGCCUCGGCUACGGACCGCAAGAGGAGUUCUACGGCUGCGCCGACGUGGCCAUCUCUUCCGCUUCCGGGUCAGAGGCCGCUGCCUCUCUUGCCUCGUCCACUGUUGUCUCGUCUGUUGUCGCGACCCUUGAUCUCCAGCCUCGAGGUCAGUGCUUCGCCGUCAGUCCUACGUGGCGCGGACAGCCACAGAUGGACACGUGGUGUGACUACAGCUGCACUGUGACGGGCUAUUGUCCACAGGGCUUGUGCGCAUGUCCGUAAAUUUUCUGAGCUGACAGCAUCCAAAGGCUAGG